AUGGGUCUACCAUGUGGAGUGAUCCACCACCAACUACAAUUUGCAAUAAGCUUCAUCGAGGAAUUAGCCAAGCAACUCGACAAGCGCCUGGUGCUCGACGAGGUCUUGUGGGCUGGGUCUUGCCUUCACAACAACAAAAAUUCGGCGAGUUUUCUUCACAAGAGCAGUUUUCCCCCCUCUAUCUCCCACAUCAAUGCAUCGCACCAGCUCUCGAUAAAGAUGUUUCACUCGCGCCUGCGCGCCCUUCCCCGCCGCCGUGCAGACCAACCUCUUCCCUCCGACCCAUGCAUCUCAACCACAGACCCCGGCGCCGAUGCUGAGGAUGUCGACGACGAAAGCGCCGAAGACCUCUUUUCCUCCUCCCUCUCAACCAUGUUCCCGGAUGACGCACCUCAAUUCCAUGGUGAUCCAGGCCAACACCUUCUGUACUCCUCUCCACGCUACGGCGACAUCACAAUCAUGGUCCCUUCGUACCCGGGCCAAUCGGAGGACCGGAACCAGGAGGAUGCAGCUGAGACGGAAGCGAAUGAAGUGGACGAGGUGCGGAAGCUCUUUGCGCAUAUAUUAUGGAGCGCAGGCAUGGUUGUUGCGGAUGGGUUAGAGCGGGCUCAUGACAGCGACGCGGGGAUGUGGAAAGUCAAAGGAGAGACGGUUUUGGAGCUAGGCGCUGGCGCCGCACUCCCAUCCAUCAUUGCCGCGCUCGCUGGCGCUUCAUCCAUAACAAUCACAGACCAUCCCUUCUCCCCAGCUCUCGGCCCCUCAGGCGCAAUAUCCUUCAACGUCGCACAUAAUCUCAGCUCCUCACCAGAAACAAGCACAAGUACAGUCGAAAUAGUCCCCCAUGAAUGGGGCAAGCUCUCCUCUGACCCCUGGGCCGUCUCCCGCAAAGCCGCCUACACGCGAAUCAUUGCAGCAGACUGCUACUGGAUGCCCUCGCAACACGAGAACCUCGCGCGUACGAUGAAGUGGUUCCUUGCCCCUGGGGGGAUAGUUUGGGUUGUCGCGGGAUUUCAUACGGGAAGAGAGAGUGUGGCUGGGUUCUUUGCGACGGCUGUCGAGAUGGGGUUGGAGAUCGAGGAAAUAUUCGAGCGGGAUUUGAUCUCAAGUGCGGAAGGAGAGGAGGUGAGGAGAGAAUGGGUUGAGGUUAGAGAGGGAGAGGGGCCUGGGAAUCGGACAAGGUGGUGCGUUAUUGCGCUGCUGAGGCAUGCUUCUUGA